GAGGUGAUUAGAAAAGCAGUGACCAAUGCAUUAAAUAAUCCAAGGCCAUAUCAAGAAUUAAUCAAAAUAUUCAAUAUGUAUGGGUAUAUCUUCCCUCAAAAAAUUAUACUUGGAGAAAAGUUGUAUAAUACGUCACUUUUUGUCACUCAAAAAACAAUCAAUUCUGAUGAAUAUCAAUUGGAAAUUGAAGAAUCAUCUGAUAAUGCUUCAUUAAAAUUAGAUAAUCUUUUUGAUUUGUGGAAAAAUGAGUAUGGGGUGGAUAUUAAUUAUUUUAUGUCAACAAACAAGGAAGCAAUUAAUAAAGAUAUUGUUGCAAAAUGGAUAAGCGCAUGUUCUAAACACGAUUUUGAAUCAUUAAAAGUUAUUAAUCAGAGUGAAUUAUUCCCAUUAUAUGAAAUAUUUGAAGAAUCUAUUAGUCAAAGAAUAAAAUCAAUUUUGGAAAAGGCAGACAGAAAACAAGUACUUAUGUCAGGGAUUAUACAAAUUUAUGAAAAUAAUAAAUAUUAUCGAGUAAAUUUUUCCGAUAAAGUGGAUAGUAGCGAAUAUCAAGUUAUUGCAAAAAUUACAAAAACUGAUGAAACUGAUAGACAAAUAAUUGCUGCAGUUGAUGAGGCUAUUGUUGAAAUAAAGUCUACAACUAGAACUGGAUUUUUAGUAAUUAUUGAAAAUCUUGACAAACUCAACGUAAACUCUAUGAAUUUGCAAAUGAUAUGGAUGCUAAUUGGAUUACCAAAUCAAGUUAAUUUUUAUAGCACAAAUGCCCAAAAAAUAUCUAUAUUAAAUGUAGGAACCAAAAAAGUUGAACAGAAUCAAAAAGAAUUAUCAUUAAAGAUUCCAAAAAGCUCUGAAUUAAGUUCGAUGAUUAUUUUAUUAUACGAAUCAUCAAUACCUAUUCAGUUAGAAAAUAAAAAUGGAAAUAAAAAUGGUAGUAUUGAAUUAAAUAUAGAUUAUAGUUUACUCAAUACGAAUAAUGAAUUUGAAAAUAUUGAAUCUGAACAUAAUGAACCUACAAAUAACGAGUCCAAAAAUAAUGAAUCUCAGAAUAGCGAAUCUGAAGAUGAUGAAUUUGAAAAUGAAAGUGAUAAAUUCGAAGGUGAAUCAGAUGAUGAAUCCGAAAAUGAAAGUGAUAAAUUCGAAGAUGAAUCAGAUGAUGAAUCCGAAAAUACAGAAUUUGAAAUAAAUUACUUUUUUAUUACUUCUGAUGGAGAAUUCUUGAAAGCCGACAUAAAAUCCAAUGGAUACGAGGAUAUCAAUAUUCCUUUAAAAAUAAUGGGCCUUUCAAUUAACUGA